UUUCUGUCAUAAAUGGGAUCGACUGUAUUCACGUCACCUCGUUAAUGUUGUCAGAUCAGUAUACUAUACUGGUUUUGAUGGGAGUAAUUGUAGUGGUAUCGCACUGAACGGAUUAUAUAACACAUGUACUAUGUUUGAAGAUAUCAAAAGCCAUUAAACCAGAGUCAAAUAUAAAAUCUAGAAUGGCGGUGUCUGUUUUGAAACAUAACACGUCAUCAACAAAAGCACAAUCAGUGGCGGCGGCUAAUAACAUUACACCGUCGGAACUAAAUACCAACGACUCUCAUGGAAGAACUGUUUUAUUUUAUGCAUCACGAUAUGGUAAAUUAGCUGCUGUUAAAAACUUGAUAAAAGCCGGAGGAGACCCGAACAUUUCCGAUGUGGAUGAAAGCUCUCCGCUGCAUGAAGCUGUUGAACGCUGUCAUCAUGAUAUUGUGAAAAUAUUACUCAAACACCGAUCCAUAGACGUGAACACAAAAAAUAAACAUGGACAAACUCCUCUCAUGAAGGCUGUCAUUUAUGACGAUGAAGAAAUGGUCAAGUUACUUCACAAAUCAGGUGCUGAUCUUGAUGUUGAAGAUUCGACUGGUAAAUCUGCCUUUCUAAUAGGUAUGAGCGAAGGCAGAGAGAAAACUACAGAAUACCUGAUGAAAAAUGGAUGUGAUAUAAACAAAAUAGAUCGACUUGGACAAACAGCUCUAUACUUAGGAGUCAUAUCGCCGAGCAGAGCGAGUAAAAAUUCAGAAACAAUAAGGAAAAUGCUGAAAUUGGGAUAUACGCUAGAAAAGGAUGAAUAUUGGCUCGUCAAAGCGGGUGUAGACAUUGAUACUUUUACCCACCAAAACUUCUUCCAAAAACUAGCAUCUAGAUUCAUGCGAAACACACAACGUAGGCGCUUCAGUGAGGGUGGACCGACCGAUCGCCAAAGGAGCGCAACUGUUGUCUACAACGAUAAACACGAACAAAGGUUUAGCGCUAGGAGUAAAUCCUUCAACAUUUGAAACAUGACUUUGUUACUGUUUGAAACUGUUGUACAUGUGAUAACUUAGAUGUCAAUGCAAUCAGAAAUAUCCAUAUCGCCACACACUUUGAUUUGUAAAUAUACAUGUAUUGUGUGAAAUUCUAUCAUGAUCAUUCAAAAAAGUCAUAUAGUGUCAUUCAGUCAAAAUUGAACUUGCGUGCCAUCUAUUCAUAAUCCGAUUAUGUUGAUACUAACACACUACCACGGUGCAACACCUUUGAAUACAAUCGGCAAUCUUCGGGUGACUCCGCUACUCUCGGAAUCGGCCGAGUUGUGUCGAAUGCUCUGAAUAAAGACACAGCUUUUACCAAGGAUCAUCCGCGACUAAAUUCUGCGAAACACCGUAGAUGGCCUCCAAGGCAAACAUUUGGUCGCACCCAAUCAUUACACUAUGGACGUAUCCAUAUUUUUAUUCUACUAACCUCAUUUUAACUUGUACAUAACAUUUUUUCAUCGUUCAAUUGAUUACACUGUGGGAAGCACUUGAUGACACAACAUAAGUGUGAUGAACUUCUUCUUUGGCUGAUUUAUAAUAGAAAGAAGAAGAUACUUAUAUAGAGGUUAUGACAUUUUACACAUGUCGUCUAUUUCUGUCACGCAUGAAACCUGACCCAAUGCAAGAAUUUGCGAUAUUUGAACAUUAAAAGUCAUACAUCUAUCGCUUUUCUUAUGUGGCGUAAGACUUUUUUUCCUGUGUAUGCCGUCAAAAUGUAACUUCUAUGAUGUCAUGUGAUGACGAAAACCCCCAGCGAGAAUGUGUAUUAAAUACUACCAUUAUCUUGGAUAGAUUGUUCUAUUUUGCAUCUCAUCUUCAUCAUAAUAAAACAUAAUAAAAACA